AGUAUAGUAGUUCAUGUCUAAUAUCGUAGUUCGUCUGUUUAAACUAAAUAAAACACUUGAACUAAAAAGUUGGAAUGUGUGGUUAUGUGCCAACAAAACUUGUUAAAAUAAUGGAAACCCAAAUAUCUAUUGAUAACUUAACUAACAUAAAGCGCGUAUGUCGAGUAUGUUUAACUGAAAGCAAAGAAAUGAGAAAAUUGAACGAAACUUUUGAAAAUAUGACAAUACAGGAAGCCUUACAGCACACCUUGAGCCUUAAGGUCAUUUUGGACGAAGAGUAUCCCUCAUCGAUUUGUGCGGUUUGUUCGAGUCUACUGAAAAUCUGUUACAACUUCAAGCUGCAGUUUGAAGCUUCCCAAGGAAAGUUACACAAAUACUUUGGAAAGAGUGAAACUAUACUAGAAUCUUUCCAAGGGGCUCCUUCGGCUCAGGUUGAACUCAUUUCAAAGCGUGGGGUAUACAAUUUGAACGAUGUCUUCAUUGUCGAAGACGAGGACGCGCACAUACCUAAUUAUGAAGGAUUUUUGAAAAAUCUGGGUAGAGAAAUUACAGCAGAUUUUGUGCCAAACACUAGUUUGAAGUUGGAGACUGCACACCGGAGAUGUCGUAAUGAUGCAGUGUGUAAAGAUUGCAACAAAAGUUUUUCUUGUAGUCGAUAUUUAAAACGUCAUUACAAAAAUAUGCAUCUUUCAAAAAGUGACACAUUCAUGUGUGAAGUAUGUGGGAUAAUUACAGAAUCGAAAUCAAAACUUCACAAGCACAUGCAUAAACAGCACAGUGGACGAAGUAAAUGUGAAAUAUGUCAAAAGUGUUACUUUGACGCAAACGUUUUAAAACUACAUAUGGCAGCAAUUCACAGCAAAGGGCGUAAUUUACUAUGCACAAUAUGUGGAAAAACGUUUAACUAUUUAAGCGCUUUAACUUAUCACAUGCGAAUACAUAACGAUGAACGAAACUAUAAGUGUACAUUUUGUCCGAGAACAUUUAGAAUGCAAUGCUCUCUGAAGAGGCACUUACGCACUCAUACAGGUAUUAGGCCAUACCAAUGUAGUUAUUGCAGUAAAGCGUUUAGAUCGUCGGGCGAAGUGACUUGUCACGAAAUGAUCCAUACAGGAUUUCGACCUUAUCAUUGUAAAUACUGCGGUAAAGGAUUUACUAAACAUUUUAAUUUGAAAGUUCAUCUGUUUAACCAUAAGGGACCGUACGUCUGCGAACUUUGUGACAAAAGUUUUAUAGAACAGCAAUUUUUAAAAAUGCACAUUGAGAAAAUUCAUUUAAGAUUGUCUAAAUCAAAUGAUAUGACUGAUUGAUGAAAUGUUUUUUGUAUUUUAAAAUGCUUGUUUAGUAAUAAAACAUAAAAUGAA